CCGAAAAAGUCGGGUAAAUUUCUUUCCGCCCCCCUAAUUUUUUCCUUCCCGUACGUCCAUGCAAAUGGGGGUAACCGCUGGAAUAUUCUUGGCUUCAAUUUUACUUGAAGAGAUGCGCUAUCUAGGAUAUAUAUGAUAUCUAUGUUCCUUUAACUAGUGCAUGAGGGCUGAAUAUAAAGAGUGUUUUGUACGGUCCCGCUGUGUCUGCAUGAAACUGCAACAGUCAGAUUGUGCGGUCGCUUAAAACCUUAGUUUAAAUCAUAUUUGAUAUUUUGUUAGGUAAGGAUGAGGUUACAGUAGAGUUCGACUACAAUCGAAACGAAAACACCACAAGACAUCAUACAAAUGAAUAUGAGAACGACGUCUUAGUACUACGUCGUGGUGCGACGUUUGAUUUAGGGCUCAUAUUUAAUGAUGUUGCUCCUCAAGAUAUUCAAGAGCCUGUUCUUCAAUUUAGUAUGGGUAAGUUUCACACUGUACUGUAACUAGUCUAUAUAUAACACUACUGUAAUCAUACUGUUUACUGAGUAACGUUAAUUAGAUAACGUACUAUGAAAACGGUUUUUAGAGCCAAAUCGUAUGGACGGUUUAGUCAAUUUUGCGGGAUUUUUGGUCAUGUUAUGCAAAUUUUAAAUUGUGCAAACUACAGUGUGUAUAAAAAAACUGAACCCUUUCAAAUUCAAAUUAGCUAUAACGUAUUGUAGUAAUUUGACAGCUCUAAUUGCUUUAAAUUAAUGGUUGGAUAAGAACACUAGGUCUUGUACUCAUGGGACAAAACUCAAAGAAAUAAAAAUUAGAAAAUUUAAAAGAAAUACCGUAUUCCUUGUGUUCUUACCCAACCAUUAAUUCAAGGCAAUUAGAGCUGUCAAAUUACUACAAUAUGUUAUAGCUAAUUUGAAUUUGAAAGGAUUCAGGGUUUUUUUAUACACCCUGUAUAAAACUUUAGAAAUGCAUUGUCUUUAGCAGGGACGCCGGAACGAUGUGAAGGCAAGGGGUGCAGAUUUUCGUGAAAGGGCACUUUUGAAUUGAUAUACAGGGUGUAUAAAAAAAAACGCAACCUCGGAAUUUCCCGAGAAAUUUCCCGCAUCCCUGGUCUUUAGACUAUAUCUAAGUGUACGUUUAUUAACAUAUCGUAUGAAUACAUAUUAGCAUCACUUUAGCAUUUACACAUGAACUUGUGGUUAGAACUCGAUAACUGUAAAGGCCGAGACACACCUGCAUGGUACUAUUUGGUACUAUUGGUAAUAUCGUAUAUGGACUUGAAAAUCGUUUCGAACGUCUCAGCCGUAUUUACAGUAGCAAACGUCGUGUAUUUCGCUACCACGACGACACAAUCCGCUUUGAAAUUCAAAGUGUUUGUAAAUUGAAACUUAGCGAUGUCGAUUUGAAAUAUUUAACGAAGUAUUAGAAAUUAACAUCAUCAUUAUUUAUCUAAACUCUAAAAAACAGUUUCGUCCGACUUAGAAUUUAGCAAGCGUCAUAUAUAUACUGUAUGUUAAUUGCGCCUGCACGUAUGCGCGAAAUUUCUGGCCCCUCACGCUUGGUCAGGUAUUUCGCAGAGGUCAGGAAUUUCGCUUGACACCGCGGAGGCGAUUCUAGACAACGCGGCGCAAUUUUUCCGUUCUUGAAGGUUAAUAAAACGGCCAAUGAAAGCAAAUUUUAAAUGCUAUGUAGACCAACUAACUCAAAAUGUAUAAUAUUAUAGAGCAUCUAAAUAUUUGGAAAAUAGGAUCAAAGUUAUCGGUCAAUGAAAAUUGAAAAAUCGCGUCCCGUUUUCGAAUCGCGUCCGAUCGGUGUGCGUCGGCCUUAACUCAGUUGCUCAGUUGGUUAGGGCAUAGUCUAUCAAGAUAUGAAGGUCUGGAAACUAAACAGAAAUCAUUCUGUCAUGUUUUUGUUUGAGUUUAUGUUAAUUUGUGCACGGUCCCGGCUUAAAAAGUAGCGUGGGUCGGGAAAAACACUUGUUGCUGUAUAACUGGUGAAUACAAAAGCAUUCAUGUGAUAAACUAAUACGAUUACAUCCGUAAUAAAAUUAUGCGACCUACUCGAAAAUAAUCUUUGUUCAAAUGUCAGUUUUCAGCAUGAACUCCACCUUUGAAUUUACGAUACGAAUAAAUUGUUAAACACGUCCGAAAUUAUCAAUACGAUCAAUUCGCGACACACGUUGAACCCUAACAUAAUCUUAAUAUAACCCUCAUCUAAUCUUUAUCUGACACCAAUUUAAUCUUCAUGACACCUUUUUUAUUUUUUUUAAUAAUCUGAAAUGGCAUUUCUUGCAUACUGAGAACACAUUUAAAGGAAAUCAAAAGUAUGCUCGCCAACACAUUUUCUUGCCUACCAAUCCAUCCGUGUAUUAAAAAAUGCCUUGUCCUGCUUGACCGUGUGACAUAAAACUGACCGGCAUGUUAACUCAAGUUAUUUUCGGCUUGGUCGCGUAAUUUUGAAAACGCGUGUAAGGGCGCGGACUUAUACAUCGACAGUUCUCAAACGGUGUUGAAUUUCCGAUUACAUGGCCAGUCCGGGGUGAAAUCUCAAGCGGUCGGAAACAACAAAGUCUCAAAACAGAGCUACAUGUAUUGCACUUCUUUGAAGAAUUUAAAUGUCUAUUAUUUAUUUCACGCGCGAUUGCGUUUGCAUUUAAAAAGUCGAAACCAGACGAAACCGUACGUUCUAAUAACAUAAGUAGAAAACGUAUAUGAUAUGGAGUAGUAUACAUGUAUAUGCUUGUUUUUAUAUAUAUUAAUCAUUUAGCCGCGUUGUAUUAGCCGCGUAAAUAUUGAGUUGUCAAAAUCUGACAACUGUAUAUAAAUCCUAUUUAAUUCAGCUACAAAACGAGGAAUGAAAACGCACUCGUGGGACACAAAAAUUGUGAAAAAGGAUGGUAAUGAAAUGACACGAAAUUUUCAAAUACAGAUUCCUGUUCUCGCUGCUGUCGGAAGGUAUGUCAUAAUUACGGAGUUUAUAGUGUUCAUACUGUUUGUUGGUAUAAUAUACAGGGUGUAUAAAAAAAAGUAAGACAUUUUUGAAAUUGCUCUCAAUUCCACAAUUCUGUUCAUGAAAUGUAAUUUUUGCUAUAUAUGGAUUGCUUGAGUUCUUAAAUUAUGGAAAAUAUAAAAAAUUUUGAAAAUAGUAAAUUUUGCAAUCAAGGUGGGUGGUCAACUUUUGCUCCCCUUAAUUUGUUGCAUUGAAUUAGUCCCAUACAGACGGGUAAUUUUUCUUGUCGAGCGUUUGCUGCAAAAAAUUACUCGAGCUUUUUUGCAAUUUUGCUUGGUUUUGGUCAGGUCAUGCUAGCUUUUGGCCAAGGAAAAUUUGUUUCGUGCCCGCCUAGCUAGGAAAUUUCGACAAGUGCACAACGAAUACUUCUAUGGUUUUGGCAAACAAAUAGCGACGUUGACGUAAGAUAAAGGUUUAUUUAACAACAUUCCCAACAAAACUUAUAAAGGGAAACUUCUCAAGGAAAACAUGCUGACCGUACAGACGAGAUCAGAAAGUAAAAGGAAAACUUGCAUGCUCGUCUUUACCGGGCUUAAUUUAGUGUUAUCCUCUCAACCAAUUUGUGACUUUUCAUGCCAACAAUUAUAUACUUCUUUUGGAAACAUCAACUCGAUUUCAGCGUGUAUGUGUAUGCAGGGACUCACAUCAAAGCCAUGACCACUUGACGUUGUUGUCAUCUGCAGAUAUUAUUUAAAUGUACUGCAGUAGGAAUUAUGUUUAACUGCUUUCAUUAAAAUUUCUAGAUACACAAUAGAAGUUGUUCUUCCUAAAAAUUCCACUCAUCCAUUAAAACAGUCUGGACAAAUCAUCGUUUUGUUUAAUGCUUGGAACAAAGGUAAAAAUUUCAUAAACUCUUUCACCCAAGAUCAACAUGGACCACUCCAAAUUAGACUUUAGUUUCCCGUCCUAACAUACAUGAACGUUUGGCUAGAGCUCGACAAAUGUCUCUCUGUAGCUCAGUUGGUUAGAGCGCUGCACCAGAAUUGCGGGGCCGCAGGAGGGAUUCCUGACAGAGGGCCGAUCAUUUUUUGCAUCUGCUCCUGGUUAGGUUUAAUAAAUGUAUAACAAUUUCACUCGAAUUUCCAUCUGCAAAUCCCUUCAACAAUUAUAGUUAUAUCAAGUGAGUUGCCCAAAAUCUUGUAUAUACACAGCGUUUACAGUUAAGCUUCUGUAAAAUUAAUCUUAACUUGACAAAAUAUGGAAAAGGAAAUUUCUCAAUUUCAGGGACUUAUACCUCCAAAUUUUCUUGGUAAGGUAUAUUUCUCUUUACGGAAGAUUCAUAUCUUAUUUCAAAUGUAAAUAUAUGUAUGUGGAGUUGGAACGUUUCGCACGUGAAGGCGCUCAUUUCAUAUUAUGAAAUUUAGAAUUUUACCAGUAAAAUUAGAGGUUUAUAAGUGGAAAUUAAUUCGCAUGUGAAAUUAUUAUUUAUUUUGUGGAGUUGGAAUACUUACAUGCAGUAACAUGUGAAAAGAUAUUUUCCCAUGCAUGUGCAAUCUGACAUUUUCGUAAUCGCGGAUUCAGUACUGUACAUACUUUACUGCAUUUUUCUCAGUUUCCACAUGCAUGCAAGUAGUUUGCACACAUUGUCAGUUGCCACUUGCCAUAUGUUUUUAUCAGAAUAAACAGAGCCAUCGAACCAAGUGUUUUUCUUGCCAAAACAAGCAAUUAAUACAUGCAUGCAUGCAUGCAUGCAAAAUUACCAACAUUAUCAAAUAAUAAUUUAUUUAGCCUUCAGCCAUUAUCAACCCAGCCUUCGGCUUCGGUUGAUAACAAAAAUGUCCAGCUUCAUCAUUUUCAUAUCUUGCGAAAACCGAAAUCAAUAAUUGUUUUAGUAUUUAUUUGAAAGAUUAAAAAGACAUUUGCUCCUGUGGGAAAUAUAAUGACUAGUUCUUUUUCCCAUUAGAAGAAAAUAUUUUCUUUCUUCUUUCAUAAGUACAUUAAGACGUUGUAAGACCUUUCUUGCAUGGCUGUUUCGUUAAUAUUUCUCCUUUAUAUUUUAGAAGUUGUCUCUUUAAACCACGCGUUGCCAUAUUGUUUUGUCGUGUUUCCACAUUUUGUAUUUUUAUUGCCACAGCUUGAAGUCAUAACGUUGACUAUGAUUUUUUUCAUUUUCAACGUUAUGACGUCACAUCUUUCAAUAUGAUGUAAAAACUCAUAUUUGCUCAGUUUUUGAAUGUUAGGACGAUUUCACCAUUUUUAAAUAAAUAACAAAGAUCGAUAAUAGUUGGAAGUAUUUUUAUCCACUCAUGAAAUUCCAUCCGCAACAUUACAGCAUCACGUGUGUCAGCAAAAAUUACCCAUUUUCUUUCCUAUGUUGUUUGUGAGUUAUGUUUUGGUAUUUCUUUGUAUGCAGAUGAUGAAGUUUAUCUUGCUGAGGAAGAUUUGAGAAAUGAAUAUGUUCUCAACGAUGAUGGUGUGGUUUAUGCAGGCUGGUCGCGGAGACUGAGAGGUCCAAAUCCGGCCCGUUGGAACUUCGGUCAAGUAUGCUAAACAAAAUACUAUACUAUUUCUAAACACCGUGCAUUGCCAACAUCAAGCAUAUACGUUUCAUACUGCACCCUCUUACAUGUCCCGCCCAUAUUGUUUUAUAUAUUGCAUUUUUCUUCGGCAAUUUUACACUGAGUAUAGUAAUGUCUGUACAAGCGAAGGCGUCAUACCGCCCUUAUUUCGGUAGCCAAUUAAACAUCUUCAUUUGAUCUUAAAACCUCGCUUUUAUAUCUAUCAAACAAUACAGACUGGAUCCCACAUGUAUAAACGCCAAACGUGCAAAAAACGUAAACAUGCCAAACAUGAAAAAAAAACGGUAUAACAUUUACGCCGGAGAUUUCCAUCAACAAAUAUCCUCCAACAUUUAGCUCUAUCGCAUGAGAUGCCGAAAAUCUUGAUAUUUACCCAAACCGGCAUGGAAGAACGUUCAUAGUUCAUGGGUGCUUGCAAAUGUUAACGGUAUAUACCUGUAUUCUCGAUACCUGUUUAAUAUAUUACAAUGAACUGCUUUCACUGUAUACGAGAACUAUACAAUUAGCCUUGUUUGGAGCUGUCUGUAAAGCAAUUAUAUGUUAUAUAAAUGGUUGCUUUGAUUUUUAAAUCGCGUGCCUUAACUAAUCGAUUUGUUUAGAUGUUUAGAUUCGAGUUUUAUCAUUUCUGCAUGACUAUUUUAUUUAGACACUGGAAAAAUCUGACAGUAAGAUUUGGGAGCACUCGUGUUUGAAAGUGUUUGUAAAAUAUAAUUAAUUUAUUGAAAAUGAAGUUAAAAAUAAUAUUUCCAUUUCAAAUCGCCGACGUCAGUGUUUGAUGUUUCGGAUCUUUGCAGACAUACCACUGCAGACAAUAACGAUUGCAAUUUAUAUUGUCAAUUUCUUCUGGCCUUCAAUUAUUUUCAAAAAUUGUAGACCAUACCGAUUUUGAGCCACAAUUUCAAUGUUCAUCUAUACAUAUUUUCUAAUAUGUUGCUGACAAAUGACAUCGGCGUUUAAAGUUAACUUACAAAUUUCCCCGGUGAAAAGGUUGGUUGCCUUUUCGUAUAGCGCAAUUUGUCAUUUGUGAGCAGUUAAUUUACACCCUCGAUGGGAAUAAAGUUUCCCUCGGGAGAAAAGCAAGAGAAGCGAAAAACAAGGAAGAGAGGAACAUACAACCCAAAUUAUAAUUCUAUAAGGAGAUAUCUAGCGAACAUUAUACACGAUACUUAUUCUAUUAUAGUUUGAGCCAAAUAUCCUGGACUGCGUGCUGUAUCUGUUAGAAAAUGAUCGACGAAUUAAGAAAAAACCUCUCAAAUCUCUUUAUAUGAGAAGCAGUGCUGUGUGGGUGUCCAGAAUUCUUUCCGCCAUGGUAAGAUUAUAUUUUGCCAAAGUAUGAUAUCACAAGUCUUGAUUAAUGCUUAGAUUAUUCCACUAAUAUCAAUUAAUGUAUAGUAUAUAUGAGAAAAUAUGUGUAAUAUAUAUAUAUAUAUAUAUAUUACACAUCGGAUCCAGCAAUAAUUAUAAUAUAAUAUGCUGAUUAGUUGACAGAAUGCAUAUGGCAAUAUAAAUUAAGUUUGUCUUAUUUGAAAGAAAAUUUAAAAUGAUAUAUAAAUUUUCGUAUCUUUCUUGGUUUUCGAAAUAAAUCACUUAUUUUGAUCAAAGCAGCGUACAUUCCGCCAUCUUGGAUAUGCAUUUGAUAUGCAUACGUCACAAGUAGGGUAAAACCACAUGUCAUUAUCAAUAUGAAACUCGAUUUUCCGAAGUCUUUUUAGUAUAACUCAAUUAACUCACAACACUUUAAGAAACUUUUCGAAUAGAUUUAGUCCCGCAUGAAGAAGUUUUAACAAGGUUAGCUUGUGACGUCAUCAAAAACUCAGUUAAUUAGGUCAAUUGUAAUACCAAGAUGGCGGACUGCACACUGUUUUUGGUCAAAAUAUUUCAAACACCAAGCAAGGUACGAAAACGAUGUAAAGGUCUUCAUAUAUAGCCUAACUUUAAAAGUUCUUUCAAAUAAGACAAAGUUAAUCUUUAUUGCCAUAUCCCUUUAACCUACCUAAAACCAAAUCAUUAACGUUGUGGCUAUAGUGUCCUUUAAAUGUUAAUGAAUAGAAAUUUUUGGUGCAUAUAACAAAUGCCUUAUGGUAGACUGAAUAGUGCUCAACAGUGACCAACACAAUUUUUUUUGUAUAGACAUGUAUCUCAUUAAUUUUGAAACUUGCAUUAUACACGUGAUUAGAUUAAUUCGCAAGACGAUGAUGGUGUAUUAGUGGGCAAUUGGUCGGGAAAGUAUGAAGAUGGAAACUCACCAACGUUUUGGAAUGGCAGUGUGAAAAUACUUCAAGAAUAUUACGACAAAAAGGAGCCUGUUAAAUAUGGUCAAUGUUGGGUAUUUUCUGGUGUUUUGACGACAGCUCUCAGAGCGAUUGGUAUUCCAGCCAGAAGUGUGACUACCUACGAUAGCGCACACGACACAGACAACACAAUGACUAUUGAUAAAUUUAUUGAUGAAGAAGGGGAAAGCGUUGAAGAUCUUAACAGUGAUAGUAUUUGGUGAGUAAUAGAAUAACAGAAUGGCGGCGUCCAUUAUGAAUCAAAACGCACCUCGAAAAUAAAAGCUGCCCAUGCGAUUCUUUCUGUUACAUUCUUUCGAUUCUGAACGCUACAUAUAUUGCAACGACUGUUUGUUAAAAUCAGAAUUUGUGGGCAUCUUACUCGAUUGAACUAAUGUUGCAUGCAGGCUUUUUUAAGCCUCUUCUAAACGUCGCACUUUACAUGCGCUGAAUACAUUCAAAACAAUGUAUAAUGAGGCAUUUCAACUGAUUAUCUAUUGUUUUGAAUGCAUUCGGCACAUGUAAAAUGCGACGUUUAGAACAGGCCUUAGGCCUGGUUUAUACGCCGAAUUUCGGUCGCGUCGAAUACAAUUCAAACAAUAUAGAUAAUGAAGCUUAUAGGAGGUUUAUCAUAUAUCACGCGACCAAAAUUCGACGUAUAAAACGGGCCUAAGAUGGAAAUAGUUACUGUGAAUUUUAGACUUGAAAUCUCCUUUUGCAAUUCAUGAAUAAUUAAUAAGGCUACAAACAAUUUAGGUCGCAUAUACAGACAUGUAAGCCGCAUUACAGAUCAAUAAGUCAUGUUAGAGGGAUGUUUAUGAAAGUUAUGAAUACUAAUUCAGAAGUAGGAAUGUUUAUAAGGAAGAUAUCAAUACUAAAUAUUCAGAUUUUAAAUGCAUGUUAAUGACUGAGUGUGAGAUUGUACCCACAGGCAGUGAAUAUUAAUAACGUAAACAAAUAAAUUCAUUUUACAAGUACGUUAAAAUAUUCGCAACUGAUCUUUAUGGGCAUACAGGUAUAACAAUGGUUCGCACAGCUGCCCAUAUUUUAACUAGUACUUAAAUCAUGUGAACAAUAAUAUGUCACGUGAACCGGCUUUAUACCAGAUAAAACUCAUUUUCAUUAGCCUAGCUAUUCUUUAUAUAGAAUCCAUCCUAUAAUUAGUAUAUUCUUUAUAUAAGACGGCAUCUAUUUUUAAAUUAGUUGUGUCAAUGAUAAUGACAUUUAAGUCAUGACAUUUAAAGCUGUUGUAGUCGUGUUUUAUCCUAUCUAAAAUGCUCGUGCUGCGCUCUCGCAAAAUAUGAACACUCCUGCGCGUAAUUUAAAUAGUUACACGUCAAGAUCUACAAAAUCCUUCAACGUAAUUUGUCAGUCUUUUUAUCGGUAUCCGUGGUCAAGCGAUUUGAAGACUGUGUUCAACAAUUAUCCCUUUCAAACUCCUGUCUGAUUAAACUCGUUAUGGUCCAUCUGUGACCCAAAGUUUUCAUUCGUGACUUGUCAUUGAUGGAGAAAUUCGUACCGAAAAGCGUGUAAAGAUUUCAUGUUAUUCAUGCACAUUGACAUUGCACAUUGCGAAAUCAAGCCAUUAUCUACAAAGAUAUAUAGUACGAAAAAGAAAUUUCGUGCAUUGCAACAUACACUUCUCUGUAAAUAUUUUAAAUUUUAUCUCCAAGGAAUUUUCAUGUAUGGAAUGACAUCUGGACAAAACGUGAUGAUCUUCCUGGGAACAAAUACGAUGGUUGGCAGGCAGUGGAUGCGACACCUCAAGAGGAAAGUUCUCAACGCUACCAAAUGGGUCCCGCUCCACUGACUGCAGUAAAAGAUGGGGAAGUGUAUGCUGGGUUUGAUGCAGGUUUCGUUUUCUCUGAAGUUAAUGCAGAUGUUGUGACGUGGGUGGUCAAAAAAGAUAAAAAUGAUGAAUAUAUUAUACAAAGUAUGUUAAUAUUUUCCUUUUCUUGAUAUUGUUUUUAUUUUUUCCCACGUACAUAAGUUUGCUGUUUAUAAUAAUAUACAUGAAAAAAUUUCUGAUUGGCAAAGUGGAGUGCAAUUUGUAUAGGUAAUAGCAUGGUUUCGAGUGCACUAUUUGGAUAUAACAUGCACGAGUGAGUUUUUCUUAGACCACAAAAUAGCACGAGUCCGAAGGACGAGUGCUAUUUGAGGUCUUUGAAAAACUCACGAGUGCAUAUUUAUCCAAAUUUCACGAGAAACCAUGCUAUUACUUAUUAAUAAUUUACAUAAAAAUGUUCGAGACAAUUGUAGUUUUAACUUACGCGUUUACAGCGAACAUUUUACUGGCAAAGUUUUCCUGGCUUUGUUAUAUCACAUUAUACAACGCUAACAGCUUGUAAAUUCCACUCGACUGUAUAAUUUUAUUUGUUAGUCUUGUUUAAGGUAAAUGCUUUUCCAUUUAAAAAUAAAGAUAAAAGCCAUAUUUUCCACGCGAAAGGAACUUUUACUUUGUAUAGCGCAACGCCAUGUUUGUUCUGUUUUGAAGCGUUCUGUGACCGUUGCUUCUUUCAAACUAAAUUGCAUUAACAUGAUUGGUUGAUUUUAUCAUCACAAUGUUUUUCCACCAAUCAGAUAAGUUUGAUACAGAUUUUUGCACUGUGAUUACAGAAAAUUGCACUGUGAUUACAAAAAAUAGCACUGUGAUUACAGAAAAUUGCACUGCUGUUUGGCAUGGGAUUAACUGCACUGAAAUCAACCAAUCACAGUCGAGUAAUAUCUUUACGUAUAUUAUUAUACAUGCAGGUAAUAAUAUAGCUUGUCGUGCAAUUUAGAAAAACAAACACUUGUGUGAGACAGCUUUAAUGGUUUAAUAAUAUACAUUACCCAAUUCUGAUUCUCCAAGAGCGGUGCAAUUUCAUAUAUUGUAAUACAGUAAAAAAAAUGUAUUUCAUUGCCAAAAAAGGUAAUACAUGGCAACUACAUGGAGGCAAGCACCUGUACGAUUUACGUCUGACUUCUGACAUUAGCACUUAAAUGUUUUGACAUCAGGUCGAUUUAUUUUGCAUAAUUUUUUCACAGUAUUCCAAAGUUUUCACAUUGCACUCGUCUUUUGGACUGGUGCAAUUUUUUUCGCCUGUGCAUUUUUCGUAAAUUACACUCGAAACCAUACUAUUACCUUUGGAAAAGAAUAAUUAAUUUACGCCUAAUUAAAUCUUAGAAACUGCCAAACAAUUGAAAAACAGAGUGGGAAGCUACAUCAGUACUAAAAUGGUUGGCGGUUCGCAGAGAGAAGAUGUCACUCAUCUUUACAAAUAUGACGAGGGGACAAGGGAAGAAAGAAAAGCAUUUGAAACUGCCUUUAGUUUUGGUCAAGGGGCGAAAGACUGGGCUGGUCAUUUGAAUGUUGAGGAGGAGGGCGAAGAUUUAGUUCUUGGUAUGUUUUAAUGAUCACAUUAACUCUUGUCCCAUAUAUACCAAUUUCUCAUCCAAAUUGUUCAUGUGCGUGGACGAUGUUAAUUUUUAUGUGCAAUCAUGAUGUAAAAAACAAAAUCCAUCUUUUACGCCCAAUAAUUUCAAAAUAAAAUUCAUUAUAAUAUCAUAUAGUGAUAUAUUAGUGUUAUGUCACAACUCUUCUUUUUCGAAACAAUUUAGUAAAAUCACUCAUUUUUAGAUGCCAAUCUUCUUAAACAAUUUUACUGUUGUUUCAUAGUUUAAUGCGAAAGGGAGUAGAAAAAAUAUUUAAAAAGCACGGAAAAAAUGUUGAGCUGUCUAAUUUAUUUCCCACACUAUUAUAGUGUGCGCAAGCUUGAACGGUUUAAACCAGCUCCAUAUACUGUAUAGUAAUGUAAAUUUAAACUAUCGCAUAGAAUGACGUGGUUUCUUGAUUUUAAUUAAUGGGCCAUCUUCAACAUGCUCCGUCAUUUCUCGCUUGUUUACCAAAUAUGUUUGCUCAUCGCAGGGACGUUUUAUAAUUGCGUUUUAAAUUUUUGAUUCUCCAACACAGUCUCGUAAAAUAAUAUUUUUUGUGAACCAAACGCUCAAAUAUUGGAAAAUGACCAACCGUUAGAAAGUUGAAUGGAUGAACUCUAAAAUACAUGUAAACAGAUAUACUUUUUUUCAAAAUUUACAUUUACGCACUCAGCACAUCAAUAAGUGCGUUUAUAUGAAUCAACUUGUAUAAAUAUUUGUUUUCUAGUUUUGCUAGUUGCAUUUAAACAAAUAACUAAUUCUUUGUUAUAGAAUUGAGCACAAAGGAAGAAGACCUCCGUGUUGGCAAGCCUAUCACGUGUGUUAUGAAUGUGAAGAAUAAAUCCAAGGAAUCUGUAACCGUCAACUUGACUGGUGUUAUCAGUUCCAUCAGGUACACUGGAGAUGUUUGGUCACUUGUCAAAAAGGAGAAGUUUGAAAAUGUAGAGAUUGGUGGUGGAAGAAGUAAGUUAGAAAUAAUGUAAAAACCAAAACGUAACUACUACCCAAGAAAAUCGGACAUCUAGUUAAAACGCUGACGAAAUUAAUCAAUCCAGAGAAUAUCAAAAUUCUUCCAGUUAGAAUUUAUUACAACAUAUCCAUGAUAAGAUCAACUGUAGCUGCAAACCUCAAAAGGCAGUGUAUGAUUUUGAAAUAAUACUUGGAGGCUCUCAGACAUUUUGUCAAUGAUCGGAACUUGCUUAAUUAAUUGUUGCAUGCCCUUUAAUUCAGCCUUACUACUGGAAAUAACUCACAUCACCAUCUGCUCGAUCGAUCAUUCGGUAAUAGUAUUCUGUGAUGUAUAGCUAUUUCUCCUCCUUUCCUUUUUAGCUGUAGUAAAGGAAAUAAAGUUGGAACCGGAUGAGUACAUCGAAAAUCUAACAGAUCUUAAUUGUCUAAAGUUCAUUUCUAUUGCUAAAGUUUUGGAGAACAAGAAAUUUUAUGUUGAUGAAACCAAGUUUCAACUGUUCAACCAGGAUUCCAUUCAAAUCAAGGUCAGUCAGUGUUACCUAAAUGUUGCGUCACUGUGUUAUAACAUGCCAUCAAUAAAUCGUGUUUCCAAACACAUGCUGAAGGUUUUCAGUAAACAAAGAGGAUUAACCAAAACUGUAUGCAUGCAGUGCCCUUGUGGUCGUUGUCGUUUCAUUACUGUGGCGUUGUCGUUGUUAAGUUGUUGAGUUCAGUGAUAAUAUGUUUGGCCAGAGAGUGUCUGUUUAUUAAUAUAUUUUCAUCCUGACAGCGCAUCAGCCUCUAUUUCUUCAAAAUACAACUUGUAAUUACUUCAAUGAAUAUACCAAAUAUAUAAAUGAUCAUCCAAUUAUGAUAUCUGUAAGUGCUAAAAAAUUGCCCGUUAAUUUGGUUAUGUAGUUUAACAAGUCGCCUCUUCAAGUUGGAGAAGAGACCGAAGUUGAAGUCUCGUUCACAAACCCUCUACCAAUAAGGUUGUCUUACAUCAAAAUCAGUAUCGAAGGAGCAGGGUUAGCAUACUUGGAUACAAAAACGUACAGGUAAGGUAGUUUAAGUUAUGCUAUUGGUGUCUUAAAAUACAGUGUAAACCAAAUUAAAAUCUCGUUUGAGUUCCUUGGGUUUUGAAAGCCAGCAAGAGGAGGACUAAAACUAAAAAUAAAUUAGAGUACCUCGAUUUCAUUUCGGAAGAAAAUUUUGGGAAUGUUCAAUACUGUAAUUUCUCUGAGAUGUUUUAUAUAUACGAGGGCGAUAUUUGUUUCACGCCUAUCUCAACUUGAAACUAUAACGAAUGGUGGAUGCUGAUUCGUUUUCGUAUUAAAGCUUUAUUGGUCCAUUAUAAGUCAUUAGCGUUGUGCAUUAAAUCGACCAUGGUCAAUAAGCCCCGCUUGGUUAGCACAAGGCCGACCACCAGCCCUGCGCCGAAAACAAGCGCCAUGCAGUUGCUUUGUCUGGGUCCUUGUGCCGUAAACUUUUCUUUACUGUGCUGUUCCCUCGACCCUACUACCCUUUUUAUCCAGUGUGCCCUACUAUUUGCUAAUUUCUCCCAACUAUUCACGUAUAGAAUUUAUUGCACGUUUCUAUAUAAGGUUUCGGUCUGCACGUUGCUACAUAGAACCCCACCACAGUCGAACGUGCUUAUCUUAACUUGAACCCAUUUUCCGUGGAUUUUCCCAUACUAUUUCAACUAAUAUUUCAAAACCCGACUAUGAGAACUGGGCUAUAUAUCUCAACGAACUGUAACUAUAAAGGCUGGUUUGCUCUGUCAAAGUUUCGGUCCUUAUACUGUAGGAAUUUUGCCUAGGUAAAUAUUGAAAGAUUUGUAAAAAAUAUUCGAAGGAUUUAACACUGUUUUAAUUAAUUGUUUGAAAUGAUCAUUAGAUAAUAUUUCCACUUUUAGAAAAAGCCUUCACUAUGAUAAAACACAGACUGCGAAGUUCAAAUUUACACCCCGGAAGCCAGGAAAGCGUACCUUACUUGUUGAUGUGGAUACAACACAGGUGAAAGAUUUCAAAGCCGCUGCUGAUGUUGAAGUUCUGCCUUUGAAAGAUUCUGGCAUAUGAAAGAUUCGUGCAAUUGAAUAAGACACACAUUUUAUAAUUGUUUUAUUGAUAUUUUUAUUAGCAAUUAAACUAUAUAGUAUAGACUGAAGUAAAUCGUAAUAAUUAAUAUAUCUACUGAUCUAACAGGAUGAUUGGAUAGCAUUUAUUGGUAGAUAAAAUAAACCGGCCACGCGGCCAGUUAAACAAUGAUAGCAAAAAUACGUCACUCUCAGCGACCAAAUCUAUAGUGUUAAUGUCUCGUUUUCUUUCACAACCUUAAAAUUUAAAAUUGCCAGAAAACUAUACUUUAUUUUGGUACUGAAGCAUGUCAAGCAGCAAAUAUAUCAAUUAUGAUAGGCUGCAGAGCUUUUCAGUAGCUUUCCCCAGUAAUCUCUUACUCUCGACUCCAUUUUUAGUGCAGAUCAGUAGAUAUUCGAAUUCCACCAUUGUUGGUAUGACUAUUGACACUUCCCGAACUUGCUUCAGGGCACAGGAAACCAGGCCGACAAUAUCAUCUAUCAUUUCUUGCCAGCAAAUUCGAGAAGUGCAUGUUUAUCAAUCAUGAAAUCUUACUCAGAGAACUUUGAUUGUCAACUGUUUCAGAUAAUUAUUGUUUCUUUUCAUGCAUGUUAACUACAAACUGUAUAGGCAUCUGUUGAAAUGUACUUAGGUAGUAAAUAUUUUGCAUUUAUAUCAUAGUAUAAUUUAGAACAAUUUUACUUACUUUAUUCUGUUAAUUUUUCUUACGUCUUUCUAUUUAUUUUCAGCCCUUACUCAGUGUGCAAAAAAUACAAUCAGUUUUUCUUGUCUGUACGUAAUAUCUCGUGUUAACAAUCCCUAAAAGAGCAGCGCCACCGAUUAAUCAGUUUUCUGGCAGACUCUGUUGAAUUUAUUCAAUACUGAUUAUUGUACAGUAUUGUAGAAUGUUUACUGAAGAAUUAACAUUAAUUAAUGUUGGGAAAAGUAUAUGUAAGGUAUGGGCUACCUGUAGCGGACAUGCGCAGUAACAGUGAGAUUGAGACAGCAUGUUGAGAUUCUACCGUAGUUUUGGGUUUAGUCUAGGACCUGUAUAUGAGUUUGUAUGCGUUUCAUUUACCACAGGUGAUCUCAACAGUUUUAGGGUAAAAUGACCAUGGCGGUCAACAUGGCAUAUGUGCCAAAACCUGAAUCCGGGACGAAAGUCCUGAAAAUGACCCCGCCCUGAAACGGCAGUGCCGAC